UUCCUGCAGCAGCAGCAGCCGCGGCUCAGCGCUUUCACACAGACAGAGGCAUUACGUCCGUACAGCAGACUCACCAAAUCUGCACAGUCUAAUUAUCAGCGACAAAAUGGGAUAAUCAGGAACGUCUUCGGAGAAUUUCGCCAACGGGAUUUAAACAACCAAUCGAAGAGAGUGUGGUUUUUAUUAUUUUUCCAUCCUCCACAGACGUGAGCACAAAGGGCUUUGGGGAUAAUGGUGAUAAAAAAGAUAUCACAUUAUGAACGCAGGACAACGAGAAUGCAUCACCCCAUACACUACCGGACCGUAUAAUUUGUUUAUGGUGAGCCGUUUAAUUUGAACAGCUUUCUGAGGAGUAUUUUGUUCGUCCCGUGCGCUCUGGAGAACAGAUGCUGUCAUUGUGCUGGGGACCGAGAUUUGUGCGCGUGAUAUUCUGCAAGUGGUCUCGUCGGAAUGGUGCGCGAGAUGAGAAUGCGCGUGCCUUUAUUGUUUCCGCGCGACAUGCUCAAUAACGAUCGCUCUGUCGUUGAACAGCUCGAGCACAACCACGACAGUUUCUGUACGGAAAGAUUGAGACUUCUGGUGAGAAUUCCAGGGAAAUCAUGAACCAAGUGUUUUGUAAACAUUUGUAUUGAGUGUUAAUGAAAUAUCCUUCUUUAUUAUGAACGGGCACUGCCGAAUUGUCAUACUUUCCUCAGAUUUGCGUUCCUUCGGCUAAAUUCCACUUAGUUGGAGAUACUUGACCGCUUGUUUCUGACCAAUUUAAUAUUUCCAGCCUUGAGCAAACACAAUGGUGGAGCCUGUGGGUUUUAUAGAAGCCUGGAAAGCACAGUUUCCAGAGUCAGAGCCUCCGAAGAUGGAGCUGAGGUCAGUUGGGGGGAUUGAACAGGAACUGGAAAAGUGCAAAGCAUCUAUAAGACGCUUGGAAAUGGAGGUGAACAAAGAACGUUUCCGGAUGAUAUAUCUUCAGACGCUGCUGGCCAAGGAGAGAAAGAGCUAUGACCGGCAGAGAUGGGGUUUCAGGAAACCACCUCACAUGACAGAAGGGGACCCGCAAGCUGUUGGGGCCGAUUCUCAGCAUCUCCAUGCACAAGAGCACGGACAGCCAGAGCGCAGCAGGUUUCAGCCUGUAGGGGAGACCAGAGCAAAACCACGACCACCCCCUGCCAGAAAGUCUGCCUCCCACGGUGAUGGAUUGGAGCUUCAGUCGUCAUUUGAGGCUCACCAACCAGGGCCAGUUAGUGAGGCCGAUGGGCUCUCGCCAUCCACACAGAGGGGUGGAGUCUCUCCUCGGAGGCCCCAUCCACCUCCUGACAAGGAGCUGCCCUCGGACCCGUCCCAAAAAGACAAGGCAAGCAUGGGGCUUGGGGUUGCUGCCUUACGUUCAAACUUUGAGAGGAUAAAGCGGGCCAACUCGCACUCAGCCAGUGAUGGGAAAUCAGGCCAGGAGAAACCCUUCUACACCAACGUGGAGUUUCAUCACGACAGGGGCCUAGUAAAAGUCAACGACCGUGAAGUUUCAGACAAAAUCAGCUCUCUUGGGAACCAAGCCAUGCAGAUGGAGCGCAAAAGGUCUCUUCAUUCACUUCCAGGCAACCUGGCAACAGUCGCAGGUGAUCUGCGCGCCAGGCCUGUGUAUAGAGGACGCUCUACAGAAAGCACCUGUGGAUAUGAUGCCGAGUAUGAAGAUGGUGAACCCAGCCCUCGCUACAGCGCAGCAAGACCAAACGGGGCCAAACCACCACCGCCACCAUGGCAGCCAUCAGAUUUCCAGCCAUAUACUAGUGUUUACGUCGGAGGGAUGAUGCCUGGGGAAGGUGGUGAUGGUAGGGUCCCAAUGAGAGAGCAUGGAGGAAGUGACGACCAUCUUCUCACCUGGCCAAGGAGGUCUUAUUCACCUGGAAGUUAUGAGGACGUGGGAGGUGGAGGAGGCGGAUACACACCGGACUGCAGCUCCAAUGAAAACCUGACGUCUAGUGAGGAAGAUUUCUCUUCGGGACAGUCCAGUCAUGUGUCGCCCAGCCCUACGACAGCCUACCGCCGCCCGAUUAGAGAGAAGAGUCGCUCACCUUCCCAGAACUCCCAGAAUUCUCAGCACUCGUUUGACAGCAGCAGCCCUCCUACACCGCAGACACAGAAACGGCACCGGCAGCAACAUGUCGUGGUGUCCGAGGCCACCAUAGUGGGCGUAAGGAAAACAGGACAAAUCUGGCCCCAUGAUGGAGAGUCUGUUGCCUCCAGUCGGGCAUCCCAUGACAACAGUUACCAUGGAGAUCUAGAUGGUCCGUUUACAGGCACUCCUCCCACCUACGGUUAUGACGCAGAUCGAGCUGAGGAGCAGCGCAGGCACCAUGACAUCUUGCCCUACAUCGAUGACUCCCCCUCCUCUUCCCCUCACCUCAGCUCUAAGAGCCGCAGCAGUCGAGACACCCUCUCUUCUGGCUCAAUCGAAUCCUCCAAGUCUGCGGAGUUGGACCUGGAGAAGGGAUUGGAGAUGAGGAAAAGGGUGUUGUCUGGAAUUCUGGCCAGUGAAGAGACCUACCUCAGCCAUUUGGAGGCGCUGUUACUGCCUAUGAAGCCCCUGAAAGCAGCAGCCACCACCUCCCAGCCUGUCCUCACUGUUCAACAGAUCGAAACCAUCUUCUUUAAAGUGCCUGAGCUCUACGAGAUCCACAAAGAAUUUUACGAUAGCCUUUUGCCCAGAGUGCAGCAGUGGAGUCACCACCAGCGUGUGGGAGACCUUUUCCAAAAACAAGCUAGUCAGCUUGGAUUGUAUAGAGCCUUUGUGGAUAAUUACGAACUCGCCGUGGAGACCGCAGAGAAGUGCUGUCAAGCGAACACACAGUUUGCAGAGAUCUCUGAGAGUCUCAAGGUCAGGAGCACCAAGGAGUGCAAGGACCUGACAGCCAAAUACUCACUGGAAACUCUGCUCUAUAAACCAGUGGACAGAGUGACCCGGAGCACGCUUGUUUUGCAUGAUCUUCUAAAACACACCCCCUCCAGUCACCCAGAUUACCCGCUCCUGCAGGACGCCCUUCGUAUCUCACAAAACUUCCUGUCCAGCAUUAACGAAGAGAGCACUCCUCGCCGCCAGUCCAUGACCGUGAAGAAAGGAGAGAACCGUCAGCUGUUGAAGGAUGGCUUUAUGGUGGAACUUGUCGAAGGAGCUCGAAAACUACGCCAUGUUUUUCUCUUCACUGACCUCCUGCUCUGUGCCAAACUGAAGAAACUGAUUGGAGGGAAGAGCCAGCAAUACGAUUCUAAGUGGUACAUUCCUCUCUCGGACCUCACUUUCCAAACAGCAGAGGAGUCCGAGCCCCUGCCAAUCCCACAAGCCCCUGAUGAAGAGCUGGAUGCCAUUAAAAUCAAGAUCUCUUCCCUGAGGAGUGAGAUCCAGAGAGAGAGGAGAGCCAACAAAGGGUCAAAAGUAAUGGAGAGGCUGAAAAAGAAACUGUCAGAACAGGAAUCUCUGUUUCUGUUGAACUCUCCCAACAUGCCCCUUAGAGUCCACAACCGCAACGGGAAGAGCUACAUGUUUCUGAUCUCAUCGGACUACGAGCGUGCAGAGUGGAAGGAAGUGAUCCGAGAACAGCAGAAGAAAUGCUUUAAGACCUUCAACUUGUCAUCCAUGGAGCUUCAGAUGCUCACCAACUCUUGUGUCAAACUCCAGACGGUCCAUCAGUUGCCUCUCACUGUCAAUAAAGAGGAGGAUGAAUCUACUGGACUGUAUGGAUUCCUGAAUGUAAUCGUCCAUUCUGCCUCUGGACUUAAACAGAGCUUAAAUCUGUAUUGCACAUUAGAGGUGGACUCUUUCGGCAUCUUUGUGAAUAAAGCCAAAACAAGAGUGUACAGAUACACCACAGAACCCAAGUGGAAUGAGGAGUUUGAGAUUGAGUUGGAAGGCUCUCAUACAUUGCGGCUACUUUGUUACGAGAAAAGCUACAACAAAGCCAAGGUGAAUAAGGAGGAUGGAGAGAGCACGGACAGAAUUAUGGGCAAAGGACAAAUGCCGCUGGAUCCUCAAAUGCUCCAGGGUAAAGACUGGCAGAGAACAGUUAUCCCUAUGAAUGGGAUUGAGGUGAAGAUAUCUAUGAAGUUCACUAGUCGGGAGUUCAGCUUGAAGAGAAUGCCCUCUCGGAAACCCAUGGGCGUGUUUGGAGUAAAUAUCUCCACUGUAACAAAACGGGAGCGCUCUAAAGUGCCCUACAUCGUCAGACAGUGUCUAGAGGAAAUCGAGAGAAGAGGAAUGGAGGAAGUGGGUAUCUACCGUGUCUCAGGAGUGGCCACAGACAUCCAGGCACUCAAGACUGCCUUUGACACCAAUAAUAAAGAUGUGUCGGUAAUGAUGAGUGAGAUGGAUGUGAACGCCAUCGCCGGGACGCUGAAACUGUACUUCAGAGAGCUUCCUGAGCCCCUCUUCACUGAUGAGCUCUACCCUAACUUUGCAGGGGGCAUUGCUCUUUCGGACAGUGUAGCUAAAGAAAGCUGCAUGCUCAAUCUGCUGCUGUCUCUACCAGAGCCUAACCUGGUCACCUUCCUCUUCCUGCUGGAUCAUCUCAAGAGGAUUGCGGAGAAGGAGUGUGUAAACAAGAUGUCUCUUCACAAUCUGGCCACAGUGUUUGGGCCGACACUGUUACGACCUGCUGAGAAGGACAGCAAGAUCCCCACCAACCCCACACAGCCUAUCACGAUGGGAGACAGCUGGUCUCUGGAAGUCAUGUCACAGGUGCAAGUUUUGCUGUAUUUCCUUCAGCUGGAGACCAUCCCGACCCCAGACAGUAAGAGACAAAGUAUCCUGUUUUCCACAGAGGUCUAAAGGAGUGCUUAUUCUCAAUGUAAGUCUCACACCAAUGGGACAGAAAGCGAGUAGGCGGGCAUGUCCAUCUAUUGGACAUAAGGGACACUGGAAUGCACAAGAGCGACUCCUACUGGGCAAAAGCAGGAGUGCUUCGCCUUUUCGCGCAUUUUCUAGCUGUCGCCACUAGAGGGCACCACAGUCCUUUUUAUCCUUGAAGAACUCUACUUACUGGGAGCACAUCUUGAAUAUUACUGAACCCUCCAUAUAAACCGCCUAUGUUUCUCUGAACAUCACUGUCCAUUCAGCACCUUUGCUCUUCGUUUCUGAGCAUGUAACAGUUAUUCAUAUCUGCUGGUGACAGUGAAUUCUGUCUUUUCUGACUUUUUUACGUUUGUCCUUUUUUCGUCAGUCCCCACUGGUAACGACGCCUUUGCUGCGCUGCUACAGUUCAGUAUCAUACUUCAGGUUUUGGAUCCUUUUGUGACAUAGAUAAUUACAUUGCAGUUCAACAUAGUUCUUAUUGCAGACUCUGUAAAAGUCAAAUGGGUAGCUUCUUUUUAGUGUUUGUCAGUCAUUUAAAAGACUUGAUUUAAUAGGAUUUUUGUGUGAAAGAUGGUGUUCGUUUCAGUUAUCAUCCGUGUUGAUGUGAUUCUAACAUCAAGAAACAAUCAAGUACAAAUCUCACUCUUUUAUUUUGGCUCUCUAACAAGCAAUAGGAUUCAUCAAAAACAUGUCUCAUUAUACUUUCGUAGUUUAGAUCAUAUUUGUCACUCAUAUUUGAAGAGAGAGGUAAACGUUCUAAACCAAAAGGGUCAAUAUAUUUUUUGUUAUUCUGAUUUUUUCUAAGCAACACACAUAGAAUAAUUAUGAUUAUUUAUUUGGGGGCGAAUAGCAACAUCAGUGUCUUUUUUUCAAAGAACUUCUACGUUUGUCGCUGACUUAUCCGUGUUAUGAAGUACUGUAGAUUUCUUACAUAUCCUCUUAUUUUUACAGUCUUUUUGACUCAUCGUUUGAAGAUGUUCAGAGGAUAGCACACAAUGUUAGCGUUUUCCCUGCCGUAUAUCUAGUUUUGAGAGAUGACCAAACGGAGAGCUUUUUUUUAGCAUUUCGAUCACAUUAGCGCUCUCUCGCUAGCUUCACAGCACACUGUGGUUUAUGUCUGGCUCACAACUAUACAGCAGUGCCUCUGUCUCAUCGUCAGACAUCAAGGUAAGAAAACAACGCUGUAUAUAGCACAAACUGUCCUGUCAGAUGGUUUCAUGAAGGAACGUUUAAUAAACAGAGAAUGAUGCAGUACAGGAAAAGUACAGGUAUUCUGUCUUUAUAGUGUUGAUUAUAGCAGUUAAAAUGAAUGCUCUUAAUUUUAUUAUUUCAGUUAAAGGUGCUUUAGUUACUUAAUUUAACAUGCAGGCAUGUUUUAUUUUUUAAAAAGUUUUUUUUUAAGUUUGAUGAGUGUUAUUUGUGUGCUUUUACGUUCAAACUAAUUGUGGCUACUGUUGAAGGAUUUUUUCAUUCAUAUAUAUAUAUAU